UAUAAUCCUAAAUUUGUAUUCUCCGCAGACAAAAUUGCUAUAUAUAUACACACACACAGAACACGCCUUCUUCCAGCGCAAAUCCAGCACUUUUUUUUUUCUUCUGCGAUCGCAAUCGGCUCUAUUUCUCUAUCUUCGUCUUCUCCAGAGCAAUUUGUGUUGAUUUCUAGGGUUAGGGUUUCCUGGAGAUGGGCCAACAGUCUCUGAUCUACAGCUUCGUCGCCCGAGGGACGGUGAUCCUCGCCGAGUACACCGAGUUCACCGGAAAUUUCACGAGCAUCGCUUCCCAAUGCCUCCAGAAGCUCCCGGCUUCCAACAACAAGUUCACCUACAAUUGCGAUGGCCAUACUUUCAAUUACCUCGUCGAAAACGGAUUCACCUAUUGUGUAGUUGCAGUAGAAUCUGUUGGUAGACAAGUUCCCAUUGCCUUCUUGGAGAGAGUUAAGGAAGAUUUCAACAAAAGAUAUGGUGGAGGAAAAGCGGCAACUGCUGUAGCACACGGCCUUAACAAGGAGUUUGGGUCCAAAUUGAAGGAGCACAUGCAAUAUUGUGUGGAUCAUCCUGAAGAGAUUAGCAAGCUUGCAAAAGUGAAGGCUCAAGUAUCUGAAGUCAAGGGUGUUAUGAUGGAAAACAUAGAGAAGGUUCUUGACCGUGGUGAGAAGAUUGAGUUGUUGGUGGACAAGACCGAGAAUCUUCAUUCCCAGGCUCAAGAUUUCAGACAACAGGGUACUAAGAUGAGAAGGAAGAUGUGGCUCCAGAACAUGAAGAUAAAAUUGAUCGUUUUGGGAAUAAUCAUUGCCUUGAUUCUCAUCAUUGUUUUGUCUGUUUGUCAUGGUUUCAACUGUUAAAUUGCAUAGAGCUAUCCCAUGCAUACUUGUGUGUUGUCACACUGCACUUGAAGUCUUCGGGCUUCCGCUCCGCCGCCCUGGAAUCUCUUUCGAGAGGUCUUUGCCUUUUAGGUUAUAGCCGUUCCCUACUGAUAGCCAUCUAGGAUGUGUGAAGUUUGUAUUUUGGAUUGGUUGUAUAGUUACCCUGGUUUACUUUCUCUCGGCAGAUUAUGUGCUGUGUAUUGAAUGUUUUGUCGAAGAUGUCAUGUAACUGAGGAAUAUUUUGGACCAUUGCAAUGUUCUUUUGAAAUGCUAAUGUUUAUCCAGUUGUUUUCUUCUGCGAC